UCAGCACUCGACCAAACACAGCUGAGGCGCGAGACUAAAGAAGCAUUCAAACGUCUUGUCAGAAAGUGUUUUUAAUGUUUAGUUCUGGAUUAAUGUGAACAUUAAGUAUGACUUAAACCCGCUUUAUAAAGGGCUCUGCGUGUUGCUGCCGCCAUGACGCAGUCAGUUGUUGUCCAAGUUGGUCAGUGUGGGAACCAGGUCGGCUGCAGGUUCUGGGAUCUGGCUUUGAGAGAACAUGCUCAUGUCAAUAAAAAAGGACUAUAUGAUGAGGCCCUCAGUAGCUUUUUCCGAAAUGUGGACUCCAGGCAAAGUGAUGGGGGAGCCAAUGUUGUUGGUGGGAGAAUCCAACAUCUGAAGGCCAGGGCGGUGCUGGUGGACAUGGAGGAGGGUGUGGUCAAUGAGAUCCUGCAGGGCCCGUUGAGAGAAGUGUUCGACAGCACUCAGCUCCUCACAGACGUGUCAGGUUCAGGCAACAACUGGGCAGUUGGUCACAUGACGUAUGGCUCGGCCUACAGGGAGCAGAUAGUGGAGAAGCUGAGGAAGGCAGCAGAACACUGUGACUGUCUGCAGUGCUUCUUCCUCAUUCACUCUAUGGGAGGAGGUACGGGCUCUGGCCUGGGGACCAGAGUGCUGAGCCUGCUAGAGGAGGAGUUCCCUGAGGUGUGUCGGAUUGUCACCUCCAUCUACCCGUCUGCGGAGGAUGAUGUCGUCACAUCCCCCUAUAACAGCGUCCUGGCCAUGAGGGAGCUCACAGAGUACGCUGACUGUGUCCUGCCUAUUGAAAACCAGUCGUUGGUCGACAUUGUGAACAAGAUCAAACAGAUGUCUCACGGUGGAAAGCCGGGGUCGGUGAUCAAGAGAGACAGCACCAUCAUCUCUGGGCAGGGCGGCCUCAGCGGGGCAGAGAAGCCCUUUGAUGCCAUGAAUAAUAUUGUGGCUAACCUGUUGCUCAAUAUGACCAGCUCAGCUCGUUUUGAGGGAUCUCUCAACAUGGAUCUGAAUGAGAUUGCCAUGAACCUGGUCCCCUUCCCCCGUUUACACUACCUGGUGCCCAGCCUCACCCCUCUCUACACACUGGCAGAUGUCAGUAUCCCCACCAGAAGACUGGAUCAGAUGUUCAGCGAUGCCUUCAGUAAAGACCACCAGCUAAUCCGAGCCGACCCGAAGCACAGCCUCUACCUGGCCUGCGCCCUCAUGGUCAGGGGCAACGUGCAGGUGUCGGACCUCCGCAGGAACAUCGAGAGACUCAAGCCUUCGCUACCCUUUGUCUCGUGGAACCAGGAGGGCUGGAAGACGGGCCUGUGUUCAGUGCCUCCUGUGGGUCACUCCCACUCCCUGUUGGCCCUGGCCAACAACACCUGUGUGAAGCCCACAUUCAUGGAGCUGAGAGAGCGCUUUACCAAGCUCUACAGGAAGAAGGCUCACUUACACCACUACCUGCAUGUAGAAGGGAUGGAGCAGAGCUUCUUCUCAGAGGCCGUCAACUCUCUCAGCUCACUGAUUGAAGAGUACCACCAUCUAGAUGCCACCAAGGGGAGACUCAUGCCUGACGCACCCAGACUCGGCAUCGCCACAUGAAGGUUUCUUUGUCUGUCUCCUUGUAUAGCAAAGAUUCAUUUUCAAAAAGAACUUCACACAACCAAAUCUUUUGUAUAUACCUUUAUAAGUUAUAUAUCAAUAUUGUCUAAUUUAUGACCAGAUUAAAAUGUCUCUGUCUGAAAAAAAGCAGGACAACAUGUAAAAAGA